AUGUCUUUAUCAGAAUCUAAGUACGACCCCCCACCGGCUCCAGCACAUAAGACCCCACCGGCACUAGUAGCCUUCACCCUCACCGUCCUCAUCCUAUGCUUUGUGGCUUUCAGCAUUGUGUAUCUUUGCAAGUAUUGCUUUGCAGGCAUUUUCCAUAUGUGGGCCUUGCAUCGCACGGCCUCAGGAUCCCUCGUUCGUCUCUCACCUGAUAGGUCACCCCCUAGAGGACUCAACAAUACCCUUAUAAAUGGAUUCCCCACUUUCCUCUACUCUGAUGUGAAAGACCACCGCAAGGAAAAAAGUUACAGCUUAGAAUGUGCUAUUUGCUUGCUAGAGUUCGAGGACGAUAGCAUGCUUCGUCUUCUAACUAUUUGUUUCCAUGUUUUCCACCAAGAAUGUAUCGACCUAUGGUUUGAAAAUCACAAGACAUGUCCUGUUUGUCGAACCGAUCUUGAUGUACCUCCCAACCAAACAGGAGAGGAAAGUGUCAAUACUAGUGAGAUCACUAGAGCUCAAAUACAUGAAGGUGAUCAACAUGAUGAUCAUGUGAGAAAGAUCAUGCAACAAGAAGAACAUAUAUUUUCAAGAUCACAUUCAACAGGACAUUCUAUAGUAAUGAUUAGAGGUGAAGAAAAAGAUGAUGAAAAAUAUACAUUGAGAUUGCCUGAACAUGUUAUAAGGGGAGGACACAAUAUCACAAAGAGUUGUACAAAUUACAGUGAGAUGACAUUGACAAUGCCUACACCUUGUAGUAAUUGUGGUUUUGUUAAACCGGUAUCUGGUUCCUCUUCACUUGCUCAAGCUCAAGAGGCUUGA